AUGGAAUCCCGAGGGGUGAGGGUACAAAAAGCUGCACUACAGCGUGUCCUGGACGAAGUCCUUCUCGAUCAAACUUCUUUCCAUGACUCAGCAACGCAACGAGGAUUAUCUAAUGGCACUUCAACUACUCCCACCAUUCGCGACAGAUCCAGUAACGAGCGUAUACGGGGCCAUCAUCGCUCAAGGAAAGCCAACGUUGUUGUGCCCAACCCAGGUUCGCGAUCCUCCAGACGGCCUAACAACUCUCUUGCCGCCUUCAACGACGAUGGGGGCGGUGAGCAGGCUCCCGGACCUGUCGGUCUUCUGGACGAUGCCGGCCAGCUUGCCGUUAACGUGUUCUUGCACGCGUGCGUCACGGAUGCACAUUGGACCUUUAUGACCGAUCUGCUCGGGCGUCAAGAUGCUGGAGGCCCCGCGGUAAUGCAUGCCAUGAAAGCGUGCGGAAUGACCGUACUUAUUGGCUCCAGGCCCCCCUCCAGUGUUCAAACAACCGCUGAGCAGGUGGACUACACCCACGCCGUUAGAUCUCUUCAGCCACUGCUCGAGAACAGCGUCCAUGUCAGGGACGAUAGUACUCUGCUAGCGGUGUUCUUACUCGGACUCUAUGAACCGAUAUCGACCGAUCGAACCACCAACGCGAGCAAACCGAGUCAAUACAAAGCACAUAUCAGAGGCGCUACCGAGCUACUUCGCCUCCGCGGACCAGAUACGUUCACCUCGACCGCGGCAGCAGCACUGUUCCUUGACUGGCGUCCACAAAUCCUCUUUGUCUGUCUAUGGGACUGCGACCCUGUGCCUGAGUUUCUUCUCGAUUGGCCCAAAUGGUUGGAAACAGACAAAAUCGACCCUAACGUGAGACGAGUCGAAGAGCUUUACGGAGUGCUCGCGAGAAUCCUCAACCUCCGAGCUGAGAUCGCAGCUCCGCAGCCAUCAAUGAACAAGGAGACCUUGAUGAGGGAGAUGAUUACACUGACCAACGCCCUAGAUCGUUGGGAAGCCUCCGCAAGGACUUCAGGGUCCUGGAGAUACCAUGCGGUACCGAAAGCGGAGACGCAGUGCUCGAUUGAGUAUGUCUGGAGUAUAAAGACGUACGCCUAUACACAACCUUACACUGUGAGCGGGUGGAACAUGUAUCGAAUGAUCCGAAUCCUACUGCACCUCAUGUUCCGCGCCAUUUACAUUGAAAAAAGUGCAGAAUCAGCCGGCCAGCAAAAUCUUGAGGUGUUUACUGCAGCUCGCAAGCUCAUGGUCGACGACAUAUGCGCCUCGUUUGCGGCUGUCAUCGGCGAGGGGGUUGAGCUGACUCCGCAUCCGCGAUCGAAAUUUGUACGUGCAUACCAGGCAGUCUGGUCACUCUUCUUUGCUGGAAUUUCUCUCCUCGUGGCCUUGCAAGACGGCUCCAGCGGCGCUGAACGUUGCUAUCAAGAGAUUCAGCUCUCUUGGAUCAUGAGCAAGCUUCGGCUCUUAUGGAGGGUGCACGGAAUCAAGUGGGCGGCUGGUCCUCUUGUGGCCCUCACCCAGUCCGACCGGGUGCCUGUUGAGUAUCAGCAGUUCUUAGACAACAUGAUCAAGCUUCCACGCCGCGCUGCUGAACCGCAUCGAAAAUCGACCCCUCCGACGAGGCAGGGGGGACCGGACUCGAGCUCCUCGAGACUCUCCUCAUCUCAGAUCACCACUGCGCUCAUCUCUUGCUGGUGA